AUGAUACCCACUGAACAUGAUGCGUUGAUAGACAAGACUAUAAAAACAUCCACUCACGACCAUUCACAACAACAACGUAUCAGUCAUUGGCGUUGGUUUGUGCUACUUGUCUUUUCACUAUUGUCGUUCUCAAGUGCACUCAUGUGGGACACAUUUGCACCAUGCCUCUACAUUUUCGUCGACUAUUACUUUGGAUCGGUGACACCGGUUACGGUCAAUGCCAUUAACGCCAUGUCGUUGGUGUAUAUGCUUCUCUAUCCUUUUGCAGUACAGCCGACGCUGCAUUAUUUUGAGGACAGCAAAGGAGCCGGUACAGGCCUCAAGCGUGGAGUCAUGAUUGGUGCGUCCCUGAAUGCUUUGGGUGCUGCUAUACGUUGGCUAGGCCGAUCGCCCGAUCGAUUCAUGGUGCUCUCCGUUGGUCAGGUGGUAGCUGCAUUUGGUCAAGUCUUCAUCUUAUCGAUCCCACCGAAACUGGCAGGUGAUUGGUUUCCUGAAAACGAAGCCAACUUGGCAACGGCUAUUGGCGUAUCAGCAAACAAUCUUGGUGUGGCAGCUGGAUGUAUAUGGAGCCCCAUGGCUAUUAUGCCCGAUACCAUGCAGGAGGAUAUCCCUUGGUUACUAUUAUUACAGUUUCUCCUCGCUACAUCGAUCCUCAUGCUCACUUGGUUGGCAUUUCAACGAAAACCAGAUGUACAACGGUUGAUUCCGCAUGAUGCAAGGGAUGAUGGAAUAUCGCAUGACAAUGAUGACAGCAAUGGUGGUGGUUGUGGUGGUAGCAUGCUUUGGAAACAGCCGUCGUUUUAUUACAUGCUGGCAUCUUAUGGAGUCAUUAUGGGUGUCCAAUGUUCAGUGAUCACGCUCCUUGCUCAAAUUCUCAUGCCACCCUUUCAGGACACGAUCGAUGAAAGUUUUGUCGGCUGGCUCGGUUUUAUCAUGCUUGUCAUUGGGUUCCCUGCUAGUUGCAUCAUUGGACAUUACUUGGAUCAGACGCUCCGAUAUAGAUUGGUAUCGAAUUUCCUUACAGCAUGCAUGGCUUUGAGUGGUGUUGGAUUAUACCUAUCGAUUGAAUUCGAUUCCCUCAUUGGUGUAUCCGUGUCAUGUAUUGUCCUUGGCAUCACCACAUCAGCCAUUACACCUGUGCUCUUUCAAUACGCUAGUGAGCUCUACUAUCCUAUCAAUGAAAAUACACCCGCUGGUUAUUUGCUUUCGGCAGGUAAUAUUGGAGGCGUCUUGCUUGUUACGGUGUUGGGAUGGAGCGAAGACAUGUCGAGACGAUUCUCUAUGAAGAUACCCAUGCUAUUCCUUGUGGCAGUUUUGUUUAUCACCGUUGUCUUUAUGGCUAUGAUCAAAGGACCAUUGAAGCGUACACUCGCCACCACGCAGUAUUUAACGUCUUUACCAGCAUAA